AUGGCAUCUGCGCUAUGGCUGGUGCUGCUGCGCCACGUGCUGUGGGUCCAUCAAGCAGCUACUCAUGGCACAGAGAUUGCAGAAUCAAGAGGAUUGUACUUCAGUCUUGCUUCCUGCCUCACCUGCCAAGCGAACAUGAUGCCGCCACUUGCAAAGCUCCGUGGUAGUGGCCCGUCGAAAGGUUUUUCCAACAAGAGGCGAUUGAAGCUCAGUGCAGACAAACGAAAGCAAAAGGCGAGGGUCAUCGCAAACAACAAUGAGCAGAAGAAAGCCCAGCUUGAGGUCGAGCGCGUGAGAGUCGAACUCGGGAAGCUUCAGGCGAAGAUCAUCGCGAGCAACAAUGAGCAGGAGAAAGCCCAGCUUGAGAUCGAGCGCGUGAGAGUCGAGCUAGAGUAUAUUCAGGCGAGGAUCAUCGCGAGCAACAAUGAGCAGGAGAAAACCGAGCUCCGGGCGCAGGAGGCGGCAAAGAAAGCUGAGCUGCAAGAGCUUAAGCUCAACCUUCAGAAGCAUUCAAUGCGGCAUGAGGAAAUCUCACAGUAUUUUUCCAGCGACGGAGGUAAGCAGUCAAGAAGUUUGCUUGGUUUUAUGUGA